AUGUUUCUUGACCAAUUUGACGAUUGUGACUGGGUCGGAGGAAACGUUACCGCGUGGGAACUGGACCAUUGUUCUGAACAAAGGGAGCUUAGGACGGGGUCUGUGGAUAUUUCCGAAUUCAGGUCCCUCAAGCUGGAAAAUCUCAAUAAAGAAAGUCUCUCCGAUUUUGAAGCCCUCAUGCUGGGGGAGAUCUCGAACGACGGGUGUUCGGAAGAUGAGAUGGAUUCAGCCACUAGCUCCGAAGAUGAAGGUUUCUUCCCGCUUAUGGAAUUGCCCCUGGAGAUUAGGUUGCAGAUUUACCGCUGGGUGCACCUUAUGACCCCCAUCCGGCUGACACAGUUCGCGCCGUGGUACCCCAACCCGGUUUAUCACGCCUAUCAUGUCAAAGCCGUGGCGUUGAACACGGAAACAGAUUCGCCACGGCGUAAUUUCGGCGUGCCGAAAGACUUGACUGGAAACCAAAAGCAGAUAGCGGAGCGACCACAGCUACUCUCGCCUUACCGGCCGAAUUGCUGCAUGCCAACCUCGAUACUGAUAGCUAACCGGCAAAUUUACCACGAGAGUAGACAUCUGCCGUUCCUAGAAAAUGAAUUUGUAUUCGUCAACUGGUUUACAUCGGGGCUGUGGGCGGCGCGGUCGUUUAUGAAGGGGCUGCAGCCGUGGCAACUAACGAUGCGGUACGCUCGCCUAGAGCUUCUAUCGCGGGACCUCAUGGGCCGAUCUUUAGAAGAUUGGAGAGACCUGUGCGAGGCUUGGGCCCCUGGACUGAAAGGGCUGAGGCUGAAGAUUCUAAGUGGUGGGGGAGGAAGAGGAACAUCAACAACAGGAGGGAUGUCGUGGGUCGUAGCUGGCCCACCGCAGAAAGGGGCUCCGACUGUAAGGAUACGGGAUUCAGAUGGUAGUGCAGCAGGAUGGAUAGAGACUGGCUUGAAGCUUUUGAAAAGACUCCAAUACCUAGAGGUCGAGCUCUCGGUCGCUGAUUGGGAUGCCAGAACAAAGUUGGAGUGGUGCCGAAGUUUAGAGGAAGCGGUGAACGAAUCGAAGGCAGAAACAGAACACCAUGUCAGGAGUCAAUCUAUCGAGACGAUGGAGAUGGACCCGUUCAUUCCGACCCCUUGCAAGGGCAAGGACGACGGCGAUGCAGGCGGCGGUGCAGGCGGCGUUGCAGACGAGCCUUCCUACACCCUACUCUUCACUGUCUUCUGCGUGAUCCCGAUUUUCCUUAUCGUAGCCGCGACGCACUUUCACGGCCGAGAGACCACCGCCCACUCCUGCCUGCUAAAGGGCCUUCGCCUGUUCGCCUACGGCUUUGGUUAUCUCGGUUCCUGGUCGACUAUCAUCUUCGGCGGCGGUCGCAACAACAACAACAACAACAACCCGGAUCUCGAGGGUGCUCAGGAGGAUACCAACGACGUGAGUGACUUUGAUCUUGAUGAUGAGGACGAGGAUGAGGAUGUGGAUGACCCUGAUCUUGACCUCGAAGUCGAGGUCGGUGGUCCUGGCGCUCCGACGGACGACUUCCGAGCUGGCCUGUGUACCCCGAACGAUGAAGUUGAGGUGGAUGUUAACGCGGUGGGAAAGCAGGUUAAGGAGAAGCUGGAGGAGAUCGAGGAGAAGCAGCAGUGA